AUGAUGGCUGCUGAUUGCGGCGUUACUGCUUGCGCGUGUAAAGGCAUCCGGCGGUGUCUCCAGUGUGACACUUUAAAGGGAAAGGGACAGUUGGAGGCGAAUGAACCAAAGAUUGUGCAUCAUUUCCUCUACGACCCUGAGACGAGGCUCGCAAUUUCCAAAGAAGCAGAGGCUGCAUCCUUCCCCUUUCCUGGUGUUUUUCUGCGAGAGAACUUCAUAUCAGAAGAGGAGGAGAACAAGUUGAUGAGCACGAUGGACCAGGAUUUGUGGAACGAGUCUCAGUCUGGGCGAAGGAAACAGGACUUUGGUCCAAAGAUUAACUUCAAGAAAAGGAAAGUGCGUGUUGGUAGCUUCAGUGGACUUCCUGCUCUGAGCCAAAAACUAGUGCUUCGAAUGCAACAAGAGCCAAAUCUAGCUGGAUUUCAGCCAGUGGAGCAGUGCAAUCUGGAUUACCAUCCUCAGCGAGGCUCCGCCAUUGAUCCCCACCUCGACGACUCCUGGCUGUGGGGGGAGCGGCUCGUCACCAUCAACAUGUUAUCAAACACGACACUCACCAUGUCCCUUGAACAGGGUCUGCCAGAGUUGGGACUAGCAGAGGAGGUCUAUGUAGCCGUUCGUCUUCCUCGCAGGUCUUUAGUUGUGUUAUACGGUGAGGCACGACACAGAUGGAAACAUGCCAUUCAUAGGGAUGAUGUUCAGGAGCGCAGAGUUUGCAGCACCUACAGAGAGCUGUCUGAGGAGUUCCAACCUGGAGGGCAGCAGGCAGCGCUGGGAGCUCAGCUGUUGAACAUUUCUUUGAGCUUCGAAGGAAUUCCAGUAUAGGCUCAUCUGAUGAUGCAGAGGAGUGGUGGGGGUCCAGACUCCUUGGGUGACUUGAUACAUUUCCAGUCAGACAUACAUUUCUUUGAAAUAGAAUUGUAUGAAUGUAAUUACUACAUGAUUAUUACAUGUUUGUUAUACCCAGCGUAUGAAAUGCAGCAUCACAAAUGCAGUUAUUGAAAAGGGGGAAUUGGAUUUAAAACUAAACCAAUCAAAGCCACAAUAGCGGAUGAAACAAUCGGUCAUAAAACAAUCCUCUUUAGUAAAAGGUUGUUUUUGUGUUCAAUAUCAGCAGUCUUUAGAAGCCAUAUUUUCUGCAGACCUCA